AUGGCAGCACGUACUGUCCCACAAGAUCCUGGAUCUGCUCCUCCGAAUUUAUCUACAGCCCUGAGUUAUUCACCAGUCCAAAUAGAACAUCCCACUGGCAACGGUCAAGGCAUGCCGAAUAUCGUAUCUGGAGCUACUCCAACAGAUCAGCCGGGCAAUACGUUCGCUACUUCACCGUACCAGCAAACCCAGGCUGUGAGUAACCUAAGACCAAACACGACCUUCUUUAUACCACAGCAGCAAUAUAUGACUAUGCCUCAUUCUUAUUAUAUGUACCCUUCAGAUCCAUACACAACAGCACCAGCUUCGUAUUUGAUGGCACCAGCUCCGUACGCAACAGCACCAGCUCCGUACGCAACAGCGCCAGCUCCUAUCAGCUCCGCAUAUAACGGCACCGGACCCAAACACAGGCUUCUCUCCUACACCGAAGCGACGACGAAGAAGAAGGCGGAGGAGAGCACCCAAAGCUCAAGAAGCGGUUGA